AUGAAGCAGGGUGACUCGGAGGCCGCUGAGGAGUCCGGGCCUCUAGAGGCCAAGACGUCAUCGGGUGGUCGACCGUCGGCAUUCACGCCGGUUCCCGGUACUGCGGAGAAGCCCUGUUCCCCGGUCGAGUCCUCACCUGCUCAGGCCCCCGUCAUGGGACCCCAGCUGUUCCGGCCGUUCCUGCCAGCCAUGUUUCCCGCCCUGGAGCCGGCGCUGUUCUGCCGCAGCCUGACGGAUUUCGCCUUGAAUCCAGCUGCCUUGCCCAUGUUCUUCCAGCGACGGCGACGCAAGGACGGUCGCCAGCGCCGCCAGCGCACCACGUUCACGAGCGAGCAGACGCUGCGGCUCGAGCUGGAGUACCAGCGCAGCGAGUACAUCAGCCGGCCGCGACGCUUCGAGUUGGCCGAGGGCCUGGAGCUGACCGAGACGCAGAUCAAGAUCUGGUUCCAGAACCGACGCGCGAAGGACAAGCGCAUCGAGAAGGCGCAGCUGGACCAGCAGUACAGGUGCCUGGCCCUGGCCAGUGGUCUGGGCUCGCUGUGCGCAGCGCCCUCUAGUGUGGCCGGAGGACACGCGGCGACCAAUGGCAGCACCGCGGCCGGUGCACAGUCUAGUUCCGCCGCCGCCGCCGCCGCGGUGCAGUCAUUCUGCGGAGCGUGCUACUUCAAGCCUCCAUCGAUGCUGCCGCCUCCUUCAACGGCCGCUGCCGCGGCAGCUGCAGCAGCCGCUGCGGACUCUGCCGCAGCCAGAUUCGGCCUCUGAGAGGUCAAUUCGAAGUCGUACUGCCCUACAGCUUCCUCUUGUGCAGUGCAGCUGACGACUUCUCAAGGCAAUUCACCUCAGCGCAAAUAGGGCGCGGGAAGACACACUCCUAAGAACAAUUGCGAAUGUGACUAGGACACCGAUUAUUCUGCCUAAUUUCUUUGGCAAGGGGUGGUUCGAAGCACCAGUGACACUUAAAGCCUUCACCAUUUCGUCAUUCUACCCUAGCCUGCGAGCGCAGGCAUACUGUAAGUUUCGCUUGCUGUUGCUGGUCAACUCUAAGUGGUGCCAAGAGUCAUCAUGCCUCCUAAAGGGACUCGUUUCAGUGCCGAGCACGGUUGUGCCGGGCGGUCAAAGAUUUCCGAGUGAUCAGCAGCGGCAAUGAGCUAACCGUGAAACGACGGUUGCAUGGGGCAGUAUCCUACUGGCGUCUAAGUCACGCAUUUGGAAGGUUGUGGUGGCAGCCG